AACGCCGAAAGAGGAACAUGGGCAACCUCCUCCAAAUCCUGCUUGCUCUAUUCAUCUCUGUCAUAGGUGCCCUCUACCUUCUGGGGUCAUUUCGCCGCAGACGAGCUGGAGAACCCCCUCUAGACAGGGGCCCUAUUCCCUGGUUUGGCCAUGUGCUGGAAUUCAGGAAGGACACGGCCAAAUUCCUGCAGAGGAUGAAGGAAAAACAUGGAGAUAUUUUCACAGUGCAGCUGGGAGGCUUUUAUUUCCAUUUUAUCACAGAUCCACUCUCUUUUGGUUCUGUGGUCAAAGAGGCCAGAACAAAGCUGGACUUCAGUAAAUUUGCAGAACAACUGGUUGCAAGAGUAUUCGGCUAUCAUUCCAUGGAAAGCGAACACAAGGUUCUCCAGGCAUCAAGUACCAAACAUCUCAUGGGAGACGGUCUGGUUGUCAUGACCCAGGCCAUGAUGUCCAAUCUUCAGAAUCUGAUGCUCCACAGUGUUGGAUCUGGAGAUGACAAGCAAUGGCAAGAAACCGGACUCUUUGCGUACAGCUACAAUAUUGUGUUUCGCGCUGGCUAUCUGGCUCUGUUUGGUAACGAGUCGGUCAAAUGUACAGGAACUUUGCAGAAAGCUAAGGAAAUUGACCGGCAGCAUUCGGACGAACUUUUCAAGGAAUUCAGAAAAUAUGACCAGUUAUUCCCGAAUCUGGCUUAUGGUGUCCUGGGACCUAGUGAGAAGAUGGAGGCCGAGCGUUUGAAAAGGCUUUUCUGGAGCACGCUUUCAGUAGAGAAGAUGAGAUCCAGAGACAACAUCAGUGGCUGGGUCAGUGACCAGCAACAGGUGAGAGACGAACAGGGCAUGCAGGAGUUCAUGCAGGAUCGAUUCAUGUUUCUGCUUCUGUGGGCCUCUCAGGGAAACACGGGUCCUGCGGCGUUCUGGCUGCUCUUGUAUCUGAUGAAGCACCCUGAUGCAAUGAACGCCAUUACGAAAGAAGUCGAGGAGAUUCUCAGAGAAACGGGGCAGGAGGUAAAACGAGGCGGGCCGCUGAUUGACCUGACUAGGGAUAUUCUCCUUAAAACUCCCAUCCUAGACAGCGCAGUCGAGGAGACCCUCCGUCUGACAGCUGCCCCGGUCCUUACGAGAGCUGUUUUGCAGGAUAUGACCAUCAACAUGGCCAGCGGACAAGAGUACAAGAUCCGUAAGGGCGACAGAGUGGCGGUUUUCCCCUACAUAGCCGUUCAGGUGGACCCAGAAGUUUACCCAGAUCCCUACACCUUCAAGUACGACCGUUUUCUCACGCCAGAUGGAAGCAAAAAGACCGAUUUCUACAAGGGUGGAAAGAAACUCAAGUACUACAACAUGCCUUGGGGAGCAGGAACCACUAUGUGUCCGGGAAGAUUCUUCGCCACAAAUGAGCUGAAGCAGUUUGUCUUUCUCAUGUUGUCCUACUUUGACUUUGAGUUGAAAAAUCCCAAUGAAGAGAUUCCAGGUAUUGAUAUCAGACGAUGGGGCUUUGGCUCCAUGCAGCCAACUAAAGACGUCCAGUUUAGAUACAGACUUAGAUUUUAAAACGUUUCAUGUUAAUAUUAUUAUAUGAUCACAUUCACUAAAGCUUCAACAGUACUUAUUAUUAGGCAAUAUUCCUUAAUGAAAGCUGGCUUUAAAACGGACUUGCUCACAUUUCAUGUGCAUUAUGUUGUUUAUCUCACAAUCUGAAUGUCUCAAAAUUUCAGUGAGCUUGCAUUUACUCUGUGUUGCAUAACCAAAGACUGUAUCUAUGCAAAGAACAGAAGUCAUACAGCAUACAUAAGAACAAGAUACUUAUAAAAAAAACAGUAAUUUUGUGCAUAAUAAAUAGAUAUUUUAUAAAAAAAAAAUAUAUAAACACACUGUGCUGAUUGCGUAUGUGCUAUUUAAGAGAAAAACAAGAGAA